AGUAAAAAAAUAUAUCUCUCAAGGCGACUUUAGUAAUCAAUAAACACAAGAUCAAAGCUUAUUUACAACUCCAACAUCUGUAAUAUUUGAAACAAAUAUGGCGCAAGCAAGUUCGCAGCCGCAAAGUGUCAAUGAAAAAAGUUACAUCUUAGAUGCAAGAAAAAAUUUUGAAGACGGAGGCAGCUUGGGAACGGAUGAUUCUUACGACGAUUUGAGACAACUUGUAAGGGAAGAUGAAGAGGAAUCUGGGAAAUUUACAAGUCUUCCAAUGGCGAGUUUUAAUUUUAUUAAUUCCAUUAUUGGUAGUGGAGUUAUUGGUAUUCCGUAUGCACUUCAUCAAUCGGGUUUUGGCUUAGGAAUUUUUUUAUUAAUUAUUAUAGCAGUUUUAACUGACUAUUCGCUUAUUUUAAUGGUAAGAAGUGGGCAUAUUUGUGGAGAAAUGAGUUAUCAAGGUCUAAUGAGAGCUAGUUUUGGAAGGCCUGGAUUUUAUAUUCUAACGGCUCUACAAUUUAUUUACCCAUUUAUAGCUAUGAUAUCUUAUAAUAUCGUUGUCGGUGAUACUGUGACAAAGGUAAUAAUAAGGGUAACUGGGAUAGCAGAAAGCAAUAUAUUUGCACAAAGAGAAGUUGUAAUAUUAUUAGCAACUUUAAUGAUAACAAUUCCAUUGUGUCUCUAUAGAAAUGUUGCGCGACUUGCUAAAAUAUCAUUUCUAUCUCUCGUAUGCGUUGGUUUCAUUUUAUUAGCAAUUUUUAUUAGAAUGGGUACCAUGUCAUCUCUUGUACCGGAUAGAACAGAUAGUUGGGAAUUUGCCAAUAUGAGAGGAGUAUUGCCAUCAAUUGGAAUAAUGGCAUUUGCAUUCAUGUGCCACCAUAAUACAUUCCUCAUUUAUGGGUCAAUAGAACGCGCCACCCAACAAAAAUGGGAUAUGAUAACCCACUGGUCUCUAUUCACAUCUUUUCUCAUUGCUGCGGCAUUUGGAAUAGCCGGUUACGUCACAUUUACAAGUUACGUUCAAGGAGAUCUUAUGGAAAAUUAUUGUUGGGACGAUGAUCUUAUGAAUCUCUCAAGAGUAAUGUUUAGCGGAACAAUUUUACUUACAUUCCCCAUUGAAUGUUUCGUAACACGUGAAGUAAUCCUAACGGCCAUAAAAGGUACUGCCGAAACAGAAAACCAUGAUGUAUAUAUCGCUGGAUCCGACAGACGUUAUCUUAUAAUAACAAUGGGAAUAGUAACGUUAGCUUAUUUAGUAUCAAUGUCUGAAGAUUGUCUUGGAGUUGUACUAGAGCUUAAUGGUAUUUUAGCAGCAGUACCAUUAGCUUAUAUAUUACCGGCCUUGUGUUAUAUAAGACUCGAAGAAGGUCCACUGCUGUCUCCUAAAAAAAUACCAGCAAUGGGUUUACUUUCUGCGGGGGCAUUCACAGCUAUUGCUGGUUUAUACCUUCUCAUCUUCCAUAACCACACUGCGGAUUCGUGUAAACACGGACAAAUAAUGCCAUACUGUGUAAUUAAUUCAACUAUUGCAAAUAUUUCUACUACUGCGACUAAUGUAUUAGAAACGUCUUCCUUACCACCAAAUUUAACAACAGAAAUUACAAAUUUAGUGACGACAAUCGCUAGUAGUACUGUACUUUAAUUAUUAAAUUAAUUAGGCGUCAAAUUGAGUUAUUAAUUAAUUAAUUAAUUGUUUUUUUUCUAAUAUAUUUAUUAUUGAUUAUAGAUAACAUUCGCCAAACCAAAGCUGUAUUUAGAUUUUAAAAAAUUGUAUAAUAAGGAUCAUUAGUUUGUAUUUGCAAUUUUAAAUUUAGAUAUUGAUUAGAUUUUUUCUUUUCAACCCUCGCGGUUAUGGAAAUGCUAUAAUUGUAAGGUAUAAAAACUGCGGAAUUGAGGGAAAACUUCAGUUAUUUUGGCCAGUUUUUUUGUCGAAUUAUUAGCAAAUAUCUACGAAAUAAAUUCAGAAUAUUUACGAUAAUAGAACAGGAAAAUUUCG